GCUGGACAGUGGAUGGUGGAGUUGUGGAGCUUAUAAAUUCAUCAUUAUGACCUGCAAGUAUGGAACAUAAUAAAAUGGACUGAUACUGACAAACAAGAAUGCUGAGUCAAAGAGAGCACCAAGGUGUGUGCAAGCUGCUGUCAUUGGUGAUGUCUGAAACAGAAUCUCCCACCUACAGGGAGGAGGACUACAGAUUCCUUCACAGCAUGCUGAUGGAGAAGAAAGUUCACCUGCUCUUCAAGAUCCACGAGAGGUUGAAGUGUUUUGAAAGGCAAAGCUGCAUCCCAGUCAUGGAGCAGGCAGCUUUUACAGCCUUAGAACUGGUGGAGGAGUUAAAAAAACAAACCAGCAGAGAUGACGUCAAAGAACUGUGUGCCCUCUUCUCCAAGCCACAUUUUAAGAACCUUCUGCAGGUCCAUGAUGCUGUUGCUCAGAAGGACUUUGAGCCAAGUCUUGCCCCUGUACCUGACGAUGCUCUGGAUGAAGAGGAGGAUUCAGUCAAAAUUGUCAGUCUGGUCAAAACCAAAGAGCCACUGGGGGCAACAAUCAAGAAAGACAAAUCUACAGGGGCAAUUGUUGUGGCAAGAAUCAUGAGAGGAGGUGCGGCUGACAAAAGUGGCCUGAUCCAUGAGGGAGAUGAGCUAAAGGAGGUGAACGGGGUUCCUCUGGAGUACAAGAAACCAAAAGAGGUUCUUCCGCUUCUGGCUCGCUCUCAAAGUGAAAUUAAGUUCAAAAUUGUUCCUGGAUCUUUCACAGAGGACCUGCCAUCAGAUAAAAUAAAGCUGUUUGUGCAGGCUCUGUUUGACUACAGCCCUCUGGAGGAUCCCACCGUGCCAUGUAAAGAUGCUGCCAUGGCCUUUAAAAGAGGCGAUGUCCUCCAGAUUGUAAAUAUGGAUGAUGAUACCUGGUGGCAGGCACGCAGUGCAGGAAAUGAUGACAGCCGGGCCGGGCUUAUUCCCUCAAAGCAGCUGCAGGAAAGAAGAUUUAUGUUACAGCGACCCAAACCCUUGUUUAAACCUCAGCGACCUCGACCAGCAGAUGAAGGGGGAGUUUCAUCCUCUGAAGAAGGUCCUGAUUAUGCAGCUAUAACCGGGAUUCACAUUCCUGGUUUAAGGAGAAGUUUUCGACUGAGCAGAAAAAGCAGCCGGACCAAAAAUGCUUCCUGGUUCUGGAGAUGGAGCACAGAGGUACAUGGGGUGCUAUGUCCACAUACCUACAGAGAGGUGGUUCCUUCCCUGAGAGAGGCAAAAGACAAACACCGCCUGGUCAUCCUGAUUGGGCCAAGUGGCGUUGGCGUGAAUGAACUGAAGAGAAGGCUGGUCAUCUCUGACCCUGACCGCUAUGGCAUCAGUGUACCCUACACCACUCGAGAGAAGAAAGGACAGGAAAGGGAAGGAGUGGAUUAUCACUUUGUGUCAGUUCAUAAGUUUGAAGAGGAUAUUUUGAAUCACAGGCUCAUAGAAUAUGGCAGUUAUAGGGGUCACUACUAUGGAACGAGUCUAGAUUCAGUGCACAGAGUGAUGGUGACAGGCAAGAUGUGCCUCAUGGAUGUGCACCCCAGUAAAGUAAAGUUCAUUGACGCGUCUAAAUUCAAACCACACGUGGUGUUUGUGAAGCCCCCAAACAUCGAAGAACUGCGUCUCACAAGACGAAGAGUCAAGUUUCUAUGUGACAAAGGGGACCCGAACCAAGUCAGGACGUUUACAGAGGAGAACUUCCAAGACAUGAUCGACUUGUCUGAAACCAUGGAGAUCCAGUAUGGUCAUCUAUUUGACAAGAUCAUCAUCAACGGAGAUGUUACCACAGCAUUUAAAGAGCUGAAGGAAGAUCUCGAGAAGCUGGCAGAGCCUGGGGUCCAAUGGGUUCCUGCGGAGUGGAGUCGACCGACUCUAAAAAAAACACAAAGGAGUUGCGGUCAUCUAACGGGCCUCUUUUGAGCUGAGACUACUUUUGUAUUCAUCUUGUUUUUUAACUGGCCUAUACCAUACAAAAUCAACUUUUUGAGCAUUUGAGUAUUUUCACACAAAACAACCCCAAAGCGGUAUUUUGAUCUGUUC